AUGGGUCUGGUAGAAUUCGAGAAAAUCAUCAUGAUGGACAUCGACAUGCUGGUCACCGCCAACGUGGACGACCUGUUCCACCUGCCCGCCCCGGCGGCCAUGUCGCGCGGGAUGCACGAAUCCUACUGGGCCGCUAGGCAUGGGGACCCGCUGGAUGGCCGCAGGUUCUUCUCGAAGAGGAGAAGCGGCAAGUCGAGCUCGUGGGGCCAGGGCACCGGCAUCAACGCUGGGGUGAUGCUGUGGCAGCCCAGCGAUGAGGUGUUGGCCGACAUGCUCCAAGAGCUCGAGGAACCUGUCCACCCAGCCCACGUGCGAGGCAACGGGCCGGAGCAGGACUACCUCAGCAGGUACUGGGCAGACGCGCCCUGGACCAACAUGGGCUGCGAGUAUAACUACCAGCUGCACCAGAUGUUCAACGCUCUGCACCCAGACUUUGUCAAGAUCAGCUGGCGCACGAAGCUGUCUGCGGACCCGAGUCGUAUCAAGAUCAUCCACUAUUCUGGUGAGACUGCUGCGAAGCCUUGGCACCGGGUGCUGGACAAGAAGCUCGCGCACCUGUGGCCUGAUCGGGGCCGCGAUGCGGAGCACGCGCAGCUGAUGGCGGAGGAGUUUCUCGGCUAUUUCCUGUGGAUUCGCCGCGAGAGAGCGUGCUGGGACAAGCACGUACAGACUGGGUACCCCGCGUUCCUGUACGGCUUCGAGCUCAGCGACGAGGGUGCUAUAGUCGACACUCGGGAGCAGGGGAAGCGCUUGCAGGUCGAGCUGCCCGAGUGGGCCACCGAGGGCGCCAUGCGCACCCUUCGGCACAGCAUGGCCGCCUGGUUCGACGCCUUCACUGCUUUGGAGCGCAGCAUCGGCAUCGACGUGGUGGCCGCGCUGGUGGAGGCAGACCCCAAGACUCGAAGAAGAAAAAACGGGA